CUUAGAGACAUUCUUCUCUGUUAUCGAUGUCAGCCAUCCGAGGCAUGUCGCGUACUUGUGCGUUUCUUUCCGAGAUUAGCAAAGUUUACGUAUCGUUUCCGCGACGUUGUAAUUGCGACGCGCACGCGUGUUCACGUGAUAGAUUCGAGGGUGGUGUGGCGUACAGAGACGGGUGAGAAGGCGGGGGCGGAUAGAGGGUGGCACGAAGAGGCUAGGAGAAGCUUCAUUCGCGAGCAGCACGUAAGGGUGGCGAACGACAGAACGACGCUCGUAGUCCAGUAGCGAACGAUAAAAGCUGUAUCGGUUUGUAGGAGAAGAGUAUACACUGUACACCGGUAGGGAUCGUUGAAACUAAGACUAUCGCGCGCGGUACACAUCCGAGGAGUACAUCCUGAUCGGAGCGAAGAUCCAAGAUAGGAAGGAAGAAGAAACUGAACGGGUGAGGGCGAGAGGAAGAAGAGAGCGGCGAGAAACAAGGGAUGCGAGAGCGUGGCACGAACGACUGAGGAUUUUGCCGAGUUGAAAUAUCGGCGGCUCAAGAAUGGCCGUGAUGUCGACGGUGAGUUAGAGCGAAAGCAGACUCCGCGUUAACUCGAGGGUGGUUUUGGAAGCACACUCACGUAACCAAGAAAAUUGACGCUUACAUGUCGCGUGAACACGCCGAGAACGCAUCGUGGUGACCCGCAGCUAUUGUGCAAAUCAAUAAUUCGAGUGUGACGCGAUGAUAAAAUUUGUCAUCGUUGCUUGACUUAAAAGUAUCCGGUCGUGUCGUUGAACGGUUGCGAUCGCGACGGCCCGUUUCUUCGAUGGCUAUCCGAACAUCCGUGAUCGGAUGUAAAUUGCAAAGACGUCCGCGGAUCGUUCGCCAGCUAGUUGGUUGGUUUUGGUUAUCGUUCGAGCAUCGCCUAGGUAUGUAAGUACGUCAAUAGGCGUGAUAAAGGUGCAUGACAUCGAAUCUAUUGGCGAACGAUUCGCAACGCUUCCGCGAAAGAGUCGAGAAUGAUGAAGGUCCAAUUGAGUAACUCGCGGCGUAAAAGAUGGCCUCUGCGGUUUGGUUUUCUCCUUGUCUACAUACUCGUUCAGUACGUUAUGUCCGCGAAACUGCCAACGGAAGAGACGAGCACCGAGGAAAGCUGGACCGUAGAGAGUACCUUAGAAUCUGCCACGUUAUCGAUGGAUGCGGAAGUCGAGGAACCGAAGGUGGAACUGAAAACGGUUACCCCCGUGCGAAAGAAGACUGAGAAAAAUGAAUCGACGAGCGCCAACGAGGGGGAGAACAAAAAGGAACAAAAAUCACCGGACGAAAAGCCGACGAAAAUACGCGAUCAAUCCAAGGAGGAGUCACCGGGGAAAGGGAACGUCCCCAAAAAAGAAGUGGUUACCGUUGUCACGAAGAGUGCCCCAAGAACCACAACGGUCCCAACGAUAACGACAGUGAGGUACACGUACGAGCGCGCAACUUGGAGACCGCGGAGAGAGAAUUGUUCACCACCGGCCAUCGAACAGUUUCCAAGGCCUGUAAUGGGACCAAAUGCUAGAAAACAUGGCGGACUCAUCAUACACAUUUUGGUCGCUGUUUAUACGUUCCUGGGCCUAGCAAUUGUCUGCGACGAUUACUUUGUCUCUAGCUUGGACAGGAUUUGCGAAGAACUACGACUGUCGCCGGAUGUCGCUGGGGCAACGUUUAUGGCUGCCGGUUCUUCAGCACCAGAGUUGGCGACUGUUGUCAUCGGUGUUUUCUUCGCAAAAGAUGAUAUCGGAGUGAGUGGCGUGAUCGGUAGCGCGGUAUUCAAUAUAAUGUUUGUGAUAUCAGUUUGCGGUCUUUGCACCUCGACGGUGUCCAAAUUGAACUGGUGGCCUCUGUGUCGGGAUUGCUUUUUCUAUGCCGUGUCGAUACUCGUGAUGCUCGGUACAAUUUACAACGAAUCGAUAUCUUGGAUGGAGUCUCUGUUUAUGUUAAUCAUGUACGGCGUGUAUUGCGUCGCGUUAGCUUUUAACGCUAGACUGGAACGUUGGGCAAAAUCCUACAACAUACCUUUCUUACCGAAAGACGACGAACCAGCGGAGGAAAGCGCUCUCGUCAGCUACAGAUCGUUGCAGGAGGAUCGAUUGUCUUACACGGGCCCUAAUUCGCCUGUCACCGACCAAGUUAAAACUCAAGAAGGCGGAGUAGGUGGAGGCCCUGUUCCAGAAACGAACGAACCGCCACCUCCUAGACAGCCCGAAUACUACAAAGCGAAAGAGCCCGAUCCCAAUGAAGUGUCGCCGCUAGAAAAGCCUGUCGACGGCAGCAAAUGGACCUUGUUUACCUGGGGACUCGUAUAUCCGAUUCAUUUCAUGUGUCGCGCUACAAUGCCUGACUGUCGGCAAGAGAAAUAUCGAAACUGGUACCCUUUCACCUUUUGCGUGUCGAUGGUGUGGAUUAGUUUCUACAGUUACAUUAUGGUGUGGAUGAUCACGAUUAUAGGCAGCACUCUCGGUAUACCCGACACGGUGAUGGGCUUGACCUUCGUCGCUGCUGGCGUCAGCGUACCUGACGCGCUCUCCUCGUUGGCAGUGAUCAAGGAAGGCUUGGGUGACAUGGCGGUGAGCAACGCCGUCGGGAGUAACGUUUUCGAUAUCCUAGUUUGCCUUGGGCUUCCAUGGUUCAUACAAACGGCUAUGAUACAGCCCGGCUCGCACGUGAACGUCACCAGUCGAGGCUUAACGUAUUCAACGGUGUCUCUGCUGUCGACGGUGGUGUUUCUGGUACUAGCGACCCACUUGAACGGCUGGAAACUGGACCGACGAUACGGAGUGGUAUUGAUGCUCUGGUACCUGGUGUUCAUCGUGUUUGCUUCGCUCUACGAGCUGAACGUCUUCGGCGAAAUGAACCCUCCGGUAUGCUUUAGCUCGUUUUAAUCGCACGCGAUACGGAACAAGGGUCGUUAUUCGUUCGAACGAAAGCGAUCGUCGACGGUGCGAGCAAAGCACACCGAAUUUUCGCGUUGCAUCGCGUAAGAUGUAGCUCGAUGGAGAAUCGUUCGCGAACUCCGUCUCAACAACGCUCGAGCAUCGUCCUUCUUCUACUACAACUUCUUCUUCUUCUUCUUCUUCUUCUUCUUCUUGCCGUCUGCUCCUCCCAAACCCCUUUCCCUUCCCCUCUUCUAAUUUUCACUUGAAUCGAAACUAACAAGGGGAGGGUUAGCAGUAGCUGACGCUGAUUUUAAUAAAGUUGCUACGUUGGUAUAAUCGCACCGUGUCGUAGUAAUUUUAUCGAAGGUGACGUCUGGCGCUAGCGACCCUCUCAUUGCGAGAAUAAACGAGGGAAGAAAAGCCAUGCGCGGACGAGAUAGAGAAGUGGGCACGUGUUCCACUUUGCCCCGGAAUUGAGCAUACUUAUACGUACGGCAUGAAACGUCUAUGUCUCUCGUGGUGAUUCUCGUACGACUUUAGCGUACAGAGAAGGGCUCGAAUCUUUCAAAACUUGCCCGAACAAAGACUCGAGCGACGCGAUUUUUCCACGUCGCGUUUACACUUCCAGCAAAAUCGCGUCCUCCGUUAACACGCUGCCGUCGCGAUAGAGAGUCGUACGUCGUAUCGGCGCUGUUGUAAAUGUUACCGUUUUCUUCUGCUCCUAGUUUGUAUAUAUUAUAUCGGUCGAGCCUUCUUCCGAAAAAAAGCAAAAAAUAAAAAAUAAACGAAACACCGAGAGAAAGAAAGCCCGUAGGAUUAAAUCGCGAGAAUUUAUCUGUUAGCGUGUUUGCAUGCUUUUCGAGUCACUUCAACGGACAAUACAUUUAUCAGUAUUAAGACAACCGGUCGUUAAAUAGUAAGCAGUUUAGAGUCGGUAAAGAUAAAGAUAAAGAUAGACCGAUCGAUCGAUCGAUCGAACCGGUUCAUCGUGCUUUUCUUCGAAUUCCUGUCCGAAACCGUUUUGGCUUCGCGAUCUAUAAAUCGUGUAAGUAAGUGGGAUCCUAUGUACGCGACUUUAGUCGUUUACAGGCAUGGUUAACAGCUUUGCGCCUGGAUCUAGAUGAAGCGAAUGUUCAGUUACUUCUUAAUGCACAUCAGUCUUUUUACGUGGUAAAUAUAACGAGAUCUUAAAAAUUGCGAUUAAAAAUGUAUAGGUAAUGUAUCGUCAAGAAAUUGCACCGGACACAAUUAAAAGUAAUGCACCAAUUAUAAUAUAAUACCUGCUAAAUCCAGCACCUAUUUCAGACGAUUACGAAAUAAUCCAUAAAAGGGGAGGGGUACAUAGUUGAUAUCGCGAUAGCAAUAUAAAUUGUCAAAGCUGAUGUGUAUUAAAAUAGAUAGGGUGGACACGAAGGGAUUAAUGUAAUUUCGGUAACGGAUUCGUGCUUUAAUGCUCUUGAUCGUACAAUGUUUGCAGUUUUCGUUAUCUCAACACUUUACCGACCGGUAGCGAUUGGAUAUAUAAUUAAAUUCAAUAAUAUUUUUUAUACUGACAAUAAUUUUGUUUUCUUUAUUUGUUGAAAAAUUAUGAAUACACGGCAUUAUUUGUACAGUAUGAUUAUUUGGUACAAUUGUAGUAACUUGUAUAACACGAACGAAUUAUGAUAAUAUUUUUUAUUUCGACAACGUUAAUAUUAUUUCAUCUUAAUUUUAUCCAUUAGAAUAGUUUCGCGAUUAAUAUCUACAUAAUAUUUUAUAAUUCGUAUCAUGAUGGAAGCAUUAAAUGUUACGUGAAUAAUACAUAACAAAGUAUUGGCUGUCCUAAUUAAAAGCCUAUUAAUAGGCUAACGGUCGUUAAAGUGUUAAUUAUGCUGCGUGUUACUCCAUUGAAAUUUGUUACCGUCUCGUCUACGCUCUACUUAAGUUUUACGGUAGUGUUGCGCGGAUGAAUCAAUGGCGAUAAGUGUCAACUUUUUUGUAGAUCUAGCAGCCGUUAUGUAUUUUUCGAUGAGAAUUAUGCGAGUGUAUAUAUAAUACAUAGAUUGUAGCCUUUAUCGAUUUCACCGCUCCAAAUAUCGUGGUGCAAAUACGCGUUCAGUUCGAUGCGUUUCUCUAGCCUAGUGUAUAGUUUGUCGGAGUUAACGAGUAAGAGCCCCCGCAGACUGCAGACUCUCUAUCUCCUAAUAGUUUGAUCGGGUUCUUAAUCAGCAUGAGGGUGUAUCGGCCGAUAAAUCAGUUUGAUGGGCACACCAAUGAUCAGAAUUGCACGUUUCGAGCCGAUUCCUAAAGCCGGCGACUGACUUCCAACAGAACAUUGUAAUGUAACGCGAGCAUUCGCUAAGUUUGGCGGACUAGCGAGCUUCACUGGUUUGUCGGUUUUUUGACGAACCUCUUCGAUCGUCUACUUUUCACUGACCUAAGUAGGAAGCAUUGAGAGAGAAUUCAGCCGAGAGUUCGAAGCGAGCAUUCGUGAUUCCAAAAAGGACCUUGUAACGUAACGUUGGUGUCGAACCGUAAAAUUCGUGCCGAGCAGUUACAUUACAGCGUUCUGUUGCGAGUCAGUCGCCGGCUUCAGGCACCGCCUACUGUACCCCCACUACCGCUCCAGGCUCAACGUCCGAGCCGCGGAUCGCGCACGUGACGCUGUGUCUCAGGGGAUAGAUAUGUCUGGAUCCAUUCGCGUGAUUAAAAAUUUGUUUAAAUACUCCUUAAAAAUUAACGAAUAAACAAGCGUAUGGAGUUUUCGAUUCUACUUCUUUUUCAAAAUUUUUUUAUUUAAAUCCAAAAAAAUUGUUUAAACAUUUUUUUGUUUCCACCAUUGAAUUCAGCGUUAAAAACUAUAUAAAAGUUUCAAAAUUUUGUCUCGGUAACUACUGGUAGCUAGUUUUAGCCUUGGCGCCCUCCUUUAACUUGAUCAAACUGUCGACCGACAGUCUGCAGUCUGCGGGGAGGCUAAAGCUUGACACGAUCGUCGAAUGCACAGACGUUCGUUGGCUAAAUCAAAGCUUGACCAAUAUUCUUACAAAAUAUAAACGGGGUGAAAUGGCUAAAGCUGAAAUCUAAAAUAUCUCCGUUCCUUUUAACAAAUGUGUUGGAUGUAGGGUACAUUUGUAUUUAUAAUAUCAAGUGCUGCCACCUAGUUUGUAUGUUCCGGGAGUGUAUGUUAUAAUUUUCCUCUGUUUAUUAUUUGCAGGGACGUUGAUUUGGGUGUAUACAUUUUUUCUAACUUUGACAUCAUUUCAAAAGUUGUUUUACAUUCACUAAUGUAUUCUAACUGCUUAUCUGACGUGGCACUAAUUAAAAUUGUUUUAGCCUUUAGAUCACAUUUUUUCCAAACAUCUUCAUUGCCGGUAGCAGUCCUUUUUUUAGCAGGUUCUUGGCAAUCUUUAUAUUCCAGGAUAUUCAUGAGUCUAAAUUUCCAACUUGCAAAAUUUAUUCCAUCAAACACUGGAAUACUUAUAUCAUCGAUUUUUGCUAGCCUAGCCAUUUCUUCUAUUUCUUUUAUUCUAAUUCUAUUGUAAAUUUCAGUUUUCAAAAUCAAAGUUUCAUUUGAUAU